AUCCAAACUAAAAUCGUGGUGUUGGUUUCGUCGAACGUGUCCCCCAGGAGAAACUAAUUGUCACCGCAUCAAGUUUCAUAGUCAUCCAACUCCUCUCCUCAUCACAUCAAUAUAAAAGCGAAGAAAGAAGGCAUGCGGAGAUUCGUGAACGGCAGACUGAGAAGCCUCAUCGUCCAUUCUUUACAACAGACCAAACAGCACCCGAUUCGUCCUCACCAGCACCAAACACCUCCUCUACUUCUAAGUCGUUUCUUGUCCUCCUCCACUUCAGUUGUCGACGUCCCGAAUUCCAUGGCUGACAAAUCUCCUCAUCCGGCUACUGUUACUGUUGACAAUAUCAAUCCCAAGGUUGUGAAGUGUGAAUAUGCUGUCCGAGGUGAAAUUGUCAUUCUUGCCGGGAAACUUCAAGAACAGUUGAAGGCUAAUCCAGGCUCUCUUCCUUUUGAUGAGAUACUUUACUGCAAUAUUGGAAAUCCUCAGUCUCUUGGUCAGCAACCAAUCACUUAUUUCCGAGAGGUUCUUGCAUUGUGUGACCAUCCAGCCAUCUUGGACAAGAGUGAAACACAAGGCUUGUUCAGUGCUGAUUCAAUUGAACGGGCAUGGGAGAUUCUAGACCAGAUUCCUGGAAGAGCAACCGGUGCUUACAGUCACAGUCAGGGUAUCAAGGGGUUACGUGACUCAAUUGCUGCUGGAAUUGAAGCUCGUGAUGGCUAUCCUUCUGAUCCAAAUGAUCUUUUCUUAACAGAUGGUGCAAGCCCUGCGGUCCAUACGAUGAUGACGUUGCUGAUAAGAUCAGAAAAGGAUGGGAUUCUUUGUCCCAUUCCUCAAUACCCUUUGUACUCUGCUUCAAUUGCUCUCCAUGGUGGCACACUGGUUCCUUACUAUCUUGAUGAGGCAUCAGGGUGGGGAUUGGAAAUUUCUGAUUUAAAGAAGCAAUUAGAGGAUGCAAGGUCGAAGGGUGUCAGUGUAAGGGCCUUGGUCGUUAUAAAUCCAGGCAACCCAACUGGUCAGGUUCUUGCCGAGGACAACCAGCGGCAGAUUGUGGAAUUCUGUAAGCAAGAAGGGCUUGUUUUACUGGCAGACGAGGUGUAUCAAGAGAACGUAUAUGUUCCUGAUAAGGAGUUUCAUUCAUUCAAGAAGGUAACCCGGUCUAUGGGUUACGGUGAGAAUGAUAUUGCACUCGUAUCUUUCCAAUCAGUCUCUAAAGGGUACUAUGGGGAGUGUGGAAAAAGAGGUGGAUACAUGGAGGUCACUGGAUUCAGUCCUGAAGUGAGGGAACAAAUAUACAAAAUGGCAUCCGUCAAUCUUUGUUCUAAUAUCAGUGGUCAAAUUCUUUCAAGCCUUGUGAUGAGUCCACCAAAGGUUGGAGAUGAAUCCUAUGAGUUGUAUCUUUCAGAGAAAGAUGGAAUUCUGUCAUCUCUUAAAAGGCGUGCAAAGACGUUAGAGGAUGCGUUGAAUAGCCUGGAGGGUGUGACAUGCAACAGAGCUGAGGGGGCAAUGUACCUCUUUCCCCGCAUAGAACUGCCUCAAAAGGCAAUCCAUGCAGCAGAAGCUGCAAAGACGGCUCCAGAUGCAUUCUAUUGCAAACGCCUACUGAAUGCCACUGGAAUUGUAGUUGUUCCUGGUUCUGGUUUCGGACAGGUUCCUGGCACCUGGCAUUUCAGAUGCACAAUCCUGCCUCAAGAGGAUAAAAUUCCAGCCGUCGUCGACCGUCUAACAGAGUUCCACAAAAAAUUCAUGGACGAGUUCCGUGACUAGAUUACCCUGCCAGUUGUCUCAGGUGGUUUGGAAUAAUAAUGAGUGCGGUAGACACCCUUAUAUGAAGAUUUCAGUUUCCUAGUCUUCUUUUGUUUUUAAGGAGAACGAGUUGGACAAUAUAACAUGUUUUGAUGCAGACACAUUUUAAAUCUUAUAGUUUUGAUUUUGAAUCACAUGAGGCUUUGCAAUUACUUCUUACAGUCGGACAUGAGUCUUGAGCGUGUCCACGUCUUAACCCAGCACAUUACUUUCAUACCAUAUGUGGCUACUCGUCUCUUCCUUAAGAUAGUUUU